AUGAGAAAAACAAUUUAUGCGUAUAUGAAUAGGUUUCCCAAAUGUAAAGAAAUUAUAGAUAAAUAUAACGAUAGGGAAAAUACUCUAUGGGAAUCAUUAUGUAAUAAAAUAAAGACGGAUAAUUCACAUUUCAUUAGUUCCAGUAAUAUAGGAAUAUGCUAUCAGACUAUGCAAUAUUUAGGUCAUACAUCAUCAGAUAACAAUUCAUUUGAAGAAGAGAGGUGCAAAUACCUUUAUUAUUGGUUGUAUAAAAAAUUUAAAGACAAAAAUAACACAGAAAAUAUAAAUAGUUUUUAUCGUAAACUAAUAGAAAAAUUUAAUGCAGAUCCAGAGAAUCAUAAUGCACCAAAAAUAUGCCUUCGUGAUAAAGGAACAAUUCCUGAAGAUGAAUUGAAGAAUCUGGAAGAUAUAUACGAUAUUGAAACAAAGCUUCAAAAAUUAAAGCUUUUUAAUGCUUGUGAUAAAACUAAUAGAUGUGAUUGUGCAGAGGAAUGUGCAAAAAAAUAUAAGCACAUCAUGGAUGUAUGUAACUCCAGCUAUGACGAUGAUCUUCAUAAAAAAUUAGAACAUUUUAAAGAAGAAUUUAUUAAUCUAGAGUUAACAACACAUUGUGAUAAUGUUAGAGACAUAAUUUAUCCUCCUUCACAAAAUUUUAGUCAAAGAAUGCCUUCUGCCAGCAAAAAUUCUGCGCAUCGUUUUAUAAUACCAACUAUUUUAAUAAUAAUAAUACCUCUUAUUUUAUUUGU